UAUGAGUUGAUAACACGUCCUGGUUCUCAUGGUAAGGUGAUAAUUCUGAAACGGAUGGUGAAGAAGAGUUGAGCGUGCGGCGCAGAGUGGCCAUUUCCUUUUGAGGAUCCGUUGUGGGAUCAUCUGUGAACUCCAUUGUCCCGCUGGGCCCACAAGUUGAUCUUGCCACCAGUUCACCCAUCACUCUGGUUGUGAAGAGGCGCGGUCUCCAUUAGAAGAAAUGGAGCAUCGAGGCAAAACGCUGGGGGCUGAUUUCAACCCCAACAUUCUGCUGCAUAGAUUCGAUGCUCAGCAGACGCUGCUGCUUAAAGAAGAUGCUCCUGAAGAAUAUGGUCAUGACAUACAAGGUUCAGAGUCUCUCCCACCAACCAUGACUGAGGAUGAUGAAGUGUUUCUCCUGUCGUCUCACCUUCAUCAGUACCACAUACAAGACAGAGAGUUACCAGAAGUUCACUAUGAAGCAGUAGAACCCAUCAAGAAUCAAGAUCAUGAAGAUUAUUCCAACUCAUCAGAGACUGAACUCAUUGAGGAGGAGGAUGAAGAGAUGGGUGAAGCUGCUGUAAAUGUUUUCUGUCAACUUGAACAAUUGCCAAAUUACAGGCAGGGGAAUGACAGCAAGGUGAGCCAUUCAGCUAACGGUUCUCCAAUCUCUGAGGAUAAAAUGACAUUCUUUACUUCAAAGAAAACUCUAGACUCAAUAAGGAAAGUUGAGGUUGAAAUGAAGAUUAGCUGUGAUGACAAUGGUAAAAUAUGGAAUAGAAAUCCAACAUCAAAAAGAGAUGCGAGAACCCUAGCAGGACAUGAACAUCUCUGUAAAUUGUGUGGACACACAUUUAAUGACAGAAGAAACUUAGACACACACACCAGAUCCCACACAGGAAAGAAACCUUUCAGUUGUGAUCUUUGUGGAUACAAGUGUAGUGAAAAAUCAAAUUUAAAUGUACACAUGAGAAUCCACACAGGAGAGAAACCUUUCAGUUGUGAUCUCUGUGGAUACAAGUGUAGCGUAAAAGCAAGUUUAAAUGUACACAUGAGAAUCCACACAGGAGAUAAACCUUUUAGUUGUGAUGUUUGUGGAUACAGAUGCAGAGAUAAAUCAAGUUUAAACAAACACAUGAGAGUUUACACAAGGGAUAAACCUUUCAGUUGUGAUGUUUGUUUACAAAGAUUUAGUCAGAAAGGUCGCUUGAACCAGCACAUGAAAAUCCACACAGGAGAGAAACCUUUCAGUUGUGAUCUUUGUGGAUACAGAUGUAGCGUAAAAUCAAAUUUAAAUGUACACAUGAGAAUCCACACGGGAGAAAAACCUUUCAGUUGUCAUCUUUGUGGAUACAGAUGUAGCGUAAAAGCAAGUUUAAAAAAACACACGAGAAUUCACACAGGGUAUAAACCUUUUAGCUGUGAUGUUUGUUUACAAAGAUUUAGUCAGAAGGGUCACUUGAAGCGGCACAUGAAAAUCCACACUGGAGAAAAGCCUUUCAUUUGAGAUCUUUGUGGAUUCUUGUCUAGACAGAAAUAACAUUUAAACACACCCCUGAGAAUCCACACAGGAAAUACUUUUUUGUAAUGCUUGAGGAAAGGGGAUUUACUAAAAAAACAUUUGAAAAUAUAGGAGGAAGGUAGAAAUAAAAAACUCUUGGAGAAAGUGUUCAACUGCAAGUUUUUUGGCAACUACUGAGGACUCUGAGUGGAAUUAAAGGUGCUACUGCAGAGGUUUCUGUUGGAUAUUUUUGUUUUCAUGAAAUACAGUUUUAUUUGUAUAUUUCUCUUUAACUUAGGGCGGGGUUGUCCAUAGUUGGUCCUUAAGAGCCUGUUUUAAUUCACUGCCUGGUGGUAGUUACUCAAUCCUCAGCAAGUUAAUAUUCAGCAGAGACUUGCCAGUAAGCCAUCAUUUGGUUCACAUGUGUUGAACCAAGGAAAGAACUAAAGUAUGCAGGAAUACUGGACCGUUGAGGACUGUUUAAUUUUGGGUUUCUUUUUUAUUUUUUACCUGCAAGUAUUUUAUAGAAUACAAUAUAGGAAGGGUAUUGAACUCAAUUCCUCAAGGGUAAAUGUUGUGCAACUUUUAGAUGGGUUUCUAUGUCAAAGCCAAAUAGGUUUGCUUUCAAGACUCAGGAAAACUUGACUGCACUGAGGAGGUAUUAGAUCCAUUUAAUUUAGGUUUGUUGGACACAUCUAAAAGUUGCAGAACAUUCUCCCUGGAGGGCUUGAGUUGAAGAUCCCUGCUCUAUAUGUUUCUUUAUUUGAAUACAUAACAUUUUAAUGUUUUCUUGCUAAGUGGAUAUUUAGAAUUUAGGAGUGUGGAUUAAAAUGAUGGGUUUUCUGUGUUACAAAUGUGUUCUCAGAGCCUGCAUUUUCAAAUUCUAGUCUUACCAAGGAGUCUUGGGUUAAGUGGUGCAGUCAGCUGCUGAGAGAGAAACUCUGAGUGAGGAGUCAACAGUGUAUUUGAUCCCUUUGCUAGCGUAGUGUUUUCUAGGGAUUAUUGGUGGUUCUUCUACUUCUUGUUUAGUGGUGUAAACACUCCUUUCCACCCUGACUGAUAGGGAGUGUGAACCAAAUGUUUGCAAAAAUAAACUUA